UCAAAUGAAAGUUAACAUGGCGACGUAUUUUUUUGACACUUCAGUUUCAUUGCUCUAGUAAAACUUUCAAUCUAUCAUAGCUUCUAGUAGUACUUAUCUUUAAAAAACACUUAAAUAAUUUUGAGUGUUAUUAUUCUUUCCUGAGGUGAUUUAAACAUGGCUGACAAAAGAUUAUCCGUGGAAUUUGAGGAUGAUUUGGAUAUUCUCUAUACACCAUCCCUUUUUCACCAAUCUUUAGACCCUAUACACGAUUGGCUUGAUGUUGAUCUCGCAAGAGAGAAUGCAGAUAUACUAAAUGGUAACAUUGAAAUUGUGCCAGAUGAGCCAUUUCCAGCCAAAAUCAAAUUAAAAGGGAAUUCUAAGGACAUUUAUGACAAUAGCUUUGAUUCGUCUGAUUCUGGCGAUUCGGACUCAAACAUUCAACGCAGCAAUUCACCACACGGCGAUAAUCGUUCUAAUCGUAAAAAUUUUCUGAAAGUUAAAAGUGAUAACCGUAAAGAUAUUCCGACCACAACCUCAAUCUACACCAAUACUCAAUCAGUGUUAAGUUUGGAAUGUCAACUAACCAAUUGGUCGGUACACGUUGCUAAAGAAAUUGCAAAUGGUGACGUCCUGCCCAUAUCUGGUGUCAAAGUCUCAAAAGAGCAACCGGAAAACUCUUUAGAGAAAUAUUUAAGCAACCUUAUGUAGUGCAUUUACGAAUCGAGAUCCAAAUGCACGCAUUUAAAAUCUUUUUAUCUACUACAGAAUCCUUCAUUUACUUUCGAAAGGAAAAAUUCAGCAAAACUUCUCAUCCUCGUUGCUUAUUCUUA